GCGAACCCCGCCUCCCCGAGCGCCCAGCCCAGCGCACUCGGCCGCUCGGGCUCAGUCAGUGCCCAGCUGCCCCCUGGCGGCGGGAGCGGGUAACUGCACCGCUGAUAGGCAGGGCUCGCCGCGGGGGGGCCUGAGCUUCUGUGCGAAGUGCGGACCCUCCCCGCCCCGACGCCCGCGCGCGGAACCGUUAGCGGCCGCUUCCGGCGCGAGCCUUCUCCCCCCACUACCUCCCGGUCCUCAGGGCGGGGCGCGUGCAGCUUGCGGGGGAGGUGUGUGCAAGGGGGGGUAACAAUGACAAGUAACACAGUAAAAGGUGAUGAAAAUAGAAGUAAGCGUAGAAAGGAGAUGGAGAAUGAAGCUUCAGAAAGUCCUCAGUUGUCCUCCCUGGAAAGACCAGACUUGGCUCUUUCUGAAAGCUCACAGUCACUUUACAAACCUGAAGCACUGGAAAAGGUUUUAAAUGUUCUAAAGGACGUUCUGCCGAGCCCACAACAGGAGCUGGUCACCUUCAGCAACCGGAAGGGUUUGCAAUGCAUCUCCCCACUAAUGAGAAGUGUGGAAGAGACUCCUCAGCCCAUCCUGACAAAGGUCAAAGGGCACAUUCCCAAGUGGCUUAAUGGCAGCCUGCUAAGGAACGGGCCUGGGAAGUUCGAGUUUGGAGAGGAGAAAUUUAACCAUUGGUUUGAUGGCAUGGCCCUGCUGCAUCAGUUCCAACUGGAAAAUGGCAUCGUGACUUACAGGAGCAAGUUCCUGCAGAGUGAUUCCUAUGUGACUAACAGCCGGCACAAUCGGAUCGUGGUCUCAGAGUUUGGAACCCUGGCUAUGCCGGACCCGUGCAAGAGCAUCUUUGGGCGCUUCAUAUCGUGGUUUGAGAUGCCACGGCCAACAGAUAACUCCAGUGUGAACUAUGUGGUGUACAAGGGAGACUAUUAUGUCAGCACCGAGACCAACUUCAUGCGCAAAGUGGAUCCAGAAACUCUGGAAACCAAGGAGAAGGUGGACUGGAGCAAAUUCGUUGUGGUGAAUGGAGCAACAGCCCAUCCACAUUAUGAGCCUGAUGGGACAGCAUACAACAUGGGCAACUCUUAUGGGAAACAUGGUUCCAGCUAUAACAUUAUUUGGAUUCCUCCGCAGAAGUCAAACCGCGAUGACACUUUGCAGGGAGCAAAAGUUUUGUGCUCCAUCGCUCCAGCUGAGAAGAUGAAACCCUCCUACUAUCACAGCUUUGGAAUGAGUGAGAACUACGUGGUCUUCGCUGAGCAGCCCAUCAAGAUUAAUCUGUGUCGGGUCAUCACAUCCAAGUUCCUUGGGAAGCCCAUUGCUGAUGGGAUAAACUGGGAGCCGCAGUACAAAACCCGCUUCCACGUGGUGAAUAAGCACACGGGAGAGCUGCUUCCGGGGCAGUUUUACAGCAAGCCAUUUGCUACUUUCCAUCAUAUCAACGCCUUUGAAGAUCAGGGCUGUGUGGUCCUUGACCUCUGCUGCCAGGAUGACGGAAGGAGCCUACAAACUUACCAGCUCCAAAACCUGCGCAAAGCUGGGGAGGGUCUGGAUCAGAUCUAUAACUCGAUAGCCAGAGCUUUCCCCCGCCGCUUUGUUCUACCACUGAAUGUGGAUUCAAGCAUGCCCGUGGGGCAGAACCUCAGCCCCUUGUCCUACACGUCAGCGAGUGCUGUGAAAGAGGUGGAUGGGACGGUCUGGUGCAUGCAUGAAAAUCUCCAUUCAGAGGACCUGGAGGAGGUAGGGGGCAUGGAGUUCCCCCAGAUUAACUACUCACGGUGCAACGGCAGGAAGUACCGCUUCUUCUACGGCUGCGGCUUUCGGCACCUGGUGGGGGAUUCGCUGAUCAAGAUGGAUACAGAAACCAAGAAAAUGAAGAUUUGGCAAGAGGAUGGAUUCUAUCCUUCGGAGCCUGUGUUUGUGCCAGUGCCUAAAGCCACUGCAGAAGACAGUGGAGUCAUUCUGUCAGUUGUGGUCACACCCUCGCAGAACCAAAACACUUUCCUGCUUGUCCUGGAUGCAGAGACCUUCAGCGAACUGGGCCGCGCAGAAGUCCCAGUGCAAAUGCCUUAUGGAUUCCAUGGCAUCUUUGUCCCACGUUAAUGGAGAAGCCUGCUACCUCGAACUAGAAGAUCAGUGUGAAUCUCUGCUUUUCCUUUCCUUUCGCUCCUGCAUUGUGCCUUUGGUGAAGGAACUGCCUCUGUAGCCCCCAAGCCUGUUCUCUGUGCUGCUGCAGUAUUAUUAAUACGUAGUGAAUGGGUCUGAAGCUAAUACUGCGCAAGGCGAUAGCACCUUCUCCAGAAGAGCCCACUGCUUGGCUAACUCCACUGCCCUGCUCUGCCGGUCUGCUGUAACCCCCAUGCUGCCAUGAGCUGGGCAGGCAAGGGAGGCAGCAGGUGCCCAGAGAGCCUACUUCUUCCCAGCACCAAUGUGCUCUGAGCGGGAGAGGCAAGUCAGCAGCUCUGCUCAGAGUGGUGGCUUUGGCUGUAGUGCACAAAGCGAAAGGCGAGACAGGAUCAAGGGAAGGAGGGAAAAAUGCCUCUUCCGAGUCCCAAGUGUGCCACUGCUUCUUCAGGAAACUGUCUCAACUCAGCCAGGAAGAGCAGAGAGGGUGCUGCCCCACUUGGCAGCUGGAAAAGGUCAGUUCCAGUUUGUGCAAACAUCACAACUCAAAGAAAAAGGAUGAUACCACCUUCCAUGCUGUCAUUGAAACCCUGCAUAUGCUAACCAUGCCAUUGCCAUGCACCCCUAGUGAAACCAGUGUGGGUCAAACACCCCUCUAUUGUGUCCCUGCCACGCCCCCUGGUGAAACCAGCAUGGGGCAAACACACCUUGACAUAUGCCCACAGCAAAACUAGUGUGAGUCAAACAUGCCCCUGACACUUUCCUGUCAUGUCCCCCAGUGAAACCAGCAUGGAUCAAACAUGCCUCUGACAUACCCCUGCUACUCCCCCCAGUGCAACCAGCAUGAGUCAAAUGCCCCUGCCAUGCCCCCACCCCAGUGAAACCAGCAAGAAUCAAAUAUGCCCCCACACCACAUCCUGUCGUAAAAUCAGCGUGGGUCAAACACAUCCCUGUCACACCCCCGUUAUGCCCUUGACAAUCCACAGUGAAACCAGCAGGUGACAAACACAGCUAUUUUUAUUUUUCUGCGUAGGCACACUUAGAGGGCAUUGCAUCAAUUGACCUUCCUCCGGUCAAAUAUAACUGUCAUUCAUUCAUCUUUCAGAUAGAUGGGCAAGUCUCUUAUGCUCAGAUGCGUUAGUUGUGGUGGGAUGGGUGAAGAGGGAACAGGUUGGUUGGUUGGUUGUGGAGGCCACAUACAGCAGCUUAUCUGUCUGGCUGUACUAAUAAAAGACUGCUCCCCGUGAUUGGUACCUGGGGAACGGGCUCCACUUCUUGCUCAGGGACUUCUCGGCUCACACAUUUUAAAGGCCAGAAGGGACCAUUAUGAUCAUCUCUUCUGAGCUCCUCCAUAACAUAGAGGGCUCCACCCAGACAUUUCUGCAGUUGUUCAUGCGUACGCAGGUGCAAGGGGCAGAAAUCCAGUAUCCUGGGCAUGUAUUGCUUCAGAAAUACUACACUACCCCCCUUCCCUGAAUAAAGAGCCCAGUGUCUGCCCCUGGACUUUGGCGGCUGGCGUUCACUACACAGAAGCUAGGCUGCUCUGCUGUGUACCUAGCUCCAAAGCAGCAUGUAGGCCAAAUAAAGAAACAGAUUAGCGAAUUAGCACAGUAAUUCAGAUGCAACUCUCCCAAAAUAACAAGCGCUGUCCCGAGGCUGAUCCUGCUACUCAACUCCCCCCAUGCCCCAGAGAAAGCCAAGGAGGAGCAAUGAGCUUGAAACUAGGGUUGUGGCAAAGCCGGGGGAGAGUAUUCCAUAGGCAACGCCACCUCUCCCUGCAAACACUCUAAUCCAGCCCUUUCCAAAUUAAACCAGGCCUUAGCUUGGGCCCUCAGAGCCGUCUCAACUACUGCAAAUAGCACCCACAAAUGAAUGGGCCCCACGGACGGAAUAAGUGUAGGGGUCUCCAGGACAAGGGAAAGCAGCUGUGACUGGAGGAAGCUGACAUCGCCCACGUCCUUGUGCCGGAGGUCCUUGGAGCAGGGACAGGCCAUGUCAAUCCAGCCCCUUAGCCCAGGGCUAACAAUGAAUCCAACAGGUAACACUAAAUGGUGAGGAGACACAGACGCCAGGGAGGGCUGAGAAAUCCAAAGGCUCUAGGGGCAGGAAACAAAAGAAGAUUCAACUUAGGCUAACACAUUUGUGGACAAGUAACCCAACCCACAGGUGCUUAAUGGGAAGGAGAAAUCUGGGAGCAAGGGUACUGAAGCAGUCCAAGAUGUGUCUGUAUGUGGGCGGGGGAAAGAUGCUUGCAGCCUGCGAAGCAGGCAGCUAAUGACAUGAGUUUGGUCUCUUUUGCAGACGUCUCCCCUGGCAGAGAGAUUCUGAGCGGGGGUUGGGAGGAGAGUGCCCCUCUUUACAGGGCACUGCUAUUGUCACACCUGAUAUAUAGCCCGUUCAGUUCUGGCCAUCCCAUUACCAGAAAGGUAGCCGUAAAGUGGGAGAGAGCUAUGGGAACAGCAAUGAAAAUGGUUGAGGGGCCAGAGAGGUUGACUAUAAGGAAAGAGCUCAAUCAAUAGAGCAGGGCUCAGUACUAACUGCAGGAGGACAUAACCUUCUACUACUGCUAGCAGGGAGGGAGGGUGAGGAAUUAGAUCAGACCAGAGAUCCAUGGGGGAAUAACUAGGAGCAAUAGAUGAAAUAAAGCAAAGGAAAACUGAGUCCUUUCACCAUUUCCCUUGGGAGCUUUUCCUGGUGCAAAACCCUAGUGGCUGAGACAUGAGACGGGACAAAACACUAGCAAAGGGCCGCUAUGAGAUAUUAGGAAUUUUCUCAUCUCUCAUCCCCCUUUGUUCAAGUGUCAGGUGCACACGUUAAAGGCACAUAGGCUGGUAGGUCAUACAGAGGGAUUGGAUCCAGACCCAUAGUUGUAACAAAGUCUGGUUCCACAUACAGUGAGAAUCAAGCUUCUCACAGUGAUAAAACCUAUCCCCAGAGAAGAAGGCAGAUGAUUGAAAC